CCUCUCUCUCUCUCUCUCUCUCUCAAAUAAGAUGAGAAAGAGAGAGAGAAUGGCUCCAAAUACAAAAACAACAAACAAACAAACAAACAAAAAAAGGAGAGGGAGAAGUGCCCCAAAAGCAAAGAAGGUGAAAAUUGGCCUCUCCUCCUCUCGCUUUCUCUAGCCCUUGCUCUUUCACCAACCAAAGCCAAGAGAAAGGAAACGAAAACAAAGGGAAAGAGAAGAAUUGUGAAAGAUGAGGACAGGAAGCACAGGAAGAGGAGGAGAAAUACGGGAGGGAAAUGAUGCCACUGUAAUUGUGGGAUCUGGGUUUCCUUUAAGCUUUUGGGAGGUAACGGUGGCUACAACUGUCGUCUUGGGAUUCGUUCUUGGUCUUUUGGGGGUUUAUCUUACCAUGCCCUCUUCCGAUUACAGCUUCCUCAAGCUGCCUCGUACUCUUGAAGAUCUACAAAUCCUCAGAGAUCACCUUGAGAGCUACACAAGUGACUACACUGCACAGGUCCUGGUAGGGUACUGUGUGGUCUACAUUUUCAUGCAAACGUUUAUGAUUCCUGGGACUGUUUUUAUGUCAUUGCUUGCUGGAGCUCUUUUUGGAGUAUUCAAAGGCGUGGCUUUGGUGGUGUUCACUGCUACUGCUGGUGCUUCUUCAUGCUAUUUCCUUUCAAAACUGAUUGGACGACCUCUUGUAUUCUCUCUAUGGCCUGACAAGCUCAGCUUCUUCCAAGAGCAGGUAGCUAGAAGAAGAGAAAGCUUGUUGAACUACAUGCUUUUCUUGAGGCUAACCCCAACUCUGCCAAAUACAUUCAUAAAUGUUGCUUCACCAAUAGUAGAUGUGCCGUAUCAUAUUUUUUUCCUGGCAACCUUUAUCGGACUCAUUCCUGCUGCUUAUGUCACUGUCAAGGCUGGAAUAGCUCUCGGAGAAUUGGAAUCACUGGGGGAUCUUUACGACUUCAACUCCAUUGCCACUUUAUUUCUCAUUGGGGUUGUCUCUAUCACCCCUACAUUGAUGAGCAAGAGUAAAUCAUAGCUUUAUACUUGAAGAACUUGCUGCUUGUACAUGGGCCUUCUUUAUCCUGGCAGCUGUCUAGGUGCCAAUUCAUCUCUGUGCAGAUAAGCCUCAGAUAAAAUGCAAUAUGCAGUUGUGUUAUUGUUCGUGGAUGCAACUGCUGAUGCUUCAGACAAUGAUGCUGAUCUAAGAAAGGUGCUUUGGUUAUUUGCAAGUUAUUUUUUGUGGGUUAUGUUCAAUGCUUAGGGUUGUUGGAAUGGAAGUAAGAUGGGGAGGCAAAUUGUAUAAUUUUAGUUAGUGACUAGGUCUACGGUGUCAAUGAUAUGUAUGUAUAUCAGUGUUUCAAGGCAAUUUUGUAACAAGUGAUGUGAUGUUUCCAGUGUUUAACUGGUUAUUCAGGGUUAUACAUUUGCAUCUAUUAUCCAAAUCAAUAUGUUGUGUUGUGUUUUAAA